AGUGACAUAGGAAUAAGUUAGAAGACAAAAAUAAACUCAGUCAGUACAGCAGUGGCAACUGGCUUAGUGACACAGUGACAAUCGCUUAGAGCGCACGCGUAAUCAUGGCACAGGAUAACCUCACCGCUGUUUUGUACAAAACAAAAGAUUUACGACUGGAACAAACUCCGAUUCCGCAAAUAGCUGAUGAUGAGGUUCUUCUCCGUAUGGAUUGUGUGGGCAUCUGCGGGUCAGAUGUCCACUACUGGGAGACUGGAUCUUGCGGACAUUUUGUGCUCAAAGAGCCCAUGAUUAUGGGUCACGAGGCCUCAGGUGUCGUUGUUAAGCUGGGUGCAAAAGUGAAGAAUCUGAAAGUUGGCGAUCGCGUAGCCAUCGAGCCUGGUGUCCCGUGUCGUUACUGUGAGUUCUGCAAGACGGGACGUUACCAUCUGUGCCCGGACAUUCAGUUCUGCGCCACUCCACCCGUACACGGAAAUCUCGCUCGUUAUUACAAACAUGCAGCUGACUUCUGCUACAAACUCCCCGACCACGUAUCGAUGGAGGAAGGUGCGCUGCUUGAACCGCUUUCGGUGGGCAUCCAUGCGUGCCGACGUGGUGGCGUGUCGGCCGGAAAUUCCGUGCUGAUUCUGGGCGGGGGUCCUAUAGGCCUUGUCACGCUACUAUCUGCACGCGCCAUGGGCGCCAGCAAGAUAAUUAUAACGGAUCUCCUGCAGUCACGUUUGGAUAUGGCGAAGAAGCUAGGUGCUGACUAUACUCUUCUGGUAAACAAAGAUUCCAACGAGGCAGACGUAGUUAGGAAGGUUCACGAAUUGCUCGGGACGCAUCCUGACAUCUCCAUCGACGCGAGUGGAGCUCAGUCUACAGUGCGCUUGGCUUUACUGGCAACUAAGUCCGGUGGCGUGGCCGUACUGGUGGGUAUGGGCAGUCCUGAGCUCACGUUACCUCUGGCCGGCGCUGUCGCACGUGAGGUUGACAUCAGAGGCAUUUUCCGAUAUGUCAACGAGUACCCCAUAGCGAUGUCGAUGGUGGCAAGUGGACAAGUGGAUGUGAAGCCGCUCGUAACUCAUCACUUCAGCAUCGAAGACACGCUGCAAGCAUACGACGUAGCGCGCCGCGGACUCGGCAUCAAGGUCAUGAUACACGUUCAGCCGCGAGACGCCAACAACGCUACCGCCUUCCCCAACAUCGUGUCUUACAACUCUGUUCUACUUUAUUUUAAUAUUUUUAUCGCGAGUGAAGUGUGCAACAUGACAGAGAACUAUGCGGCUGUUUUAUAUGGACCUAAAGAUUUAAGAUAUGAGAAAUGGCCAAUGCCGGAGAUUAGUGAUAAUGAGAUUUUAAUAAAGAUCGACUGCGUUGGGAUUUGUGGUUCAGACCUUAAGCUGUAUUCGACUGGAAAAUGUGGACUUGAAGUUGUCUGCGAUCCCAUGAUCUUGGGCCAUGAAGGUGCAGGUGUUGUUAUAAAGGUCGGAAGCGGAGUAAAGAACAUCGAUGUAGGUGAUCGGGUAGCUAUAGAGCCGACGCAACCGUGUCGCAGCUGCGAGUACUGCAAGAAAGGCCGAUACAAUCUAUGUGAUCAGCCGCGAUACUGUUCAACGACCGGUGCUAUGGGAAACCUCUGCCGAUACUACAAGCACGUUGCUGAUUUUUGUCACAAACUUCCCAACAAUGUGAGCAUGGAAGAGGGAGCUGCGGUGCAACCACUUGCAAUCGCCAUUCAUGCAUGUACACGCGCAGGUGUACGACUUGGUUGCACGCUGCUGGUGCUAGGGGCGGGGCCAAUUGGCGUGCUGUGUGCGAUGACCGCAAGGGCAAUGGGUGCUGCUAAAAUACUCAUAACUGAUGUUGUCGCGUCACGCCUUGAAACAGCCAAAAAGUUGGCCGCAGACCAUACCUUGCUCGUGUCACCAAACCAAAGUGACCAGGAGAUAGUCGAAAGAAUAACAACCGUCUUGGACACUACUCCUGAUAUAACUAUUGACGCCUGCGGGUUCGAAUCAGCACAGAGAAUAGCUUUGACGGUAACGCGCACGGGCGGCACGGUGCUGGUGGUGGGCAUCGGCGAGGCGACGGUGCGCGUGCCGCUGACGGCGGCGAUGCUGCGUGAGGUGGACGUGCGCGGCGCAUACCGCCUGCUCAACUCGUAUCCGUUAGCGUUGGCUGCAGUGUCAAGCGGCGCGAUAGACCUCAAGUCCUUUAUAACACAUCAUUUCCCUCUAGAAAAAUCAAAAGAAGCAAUGGAAUUCGCAAAAACAGGCGAAGCUAUGAAAAUUAUUAUACACGCGUGAAAACAUUCUCAUUCGCUUGCGCCAACGGGCGCAACUAUGUUUCAUUAAAUUCCUUACAAAAUGUAUGUAACAAAUAUAUAAAGUCUAAUAAUAGUAUUUGUUGGACGAAGAAUAAUAGUGUGCAUAACUUGUUGCUGUUAUAAUAUAUUUAUAGAUAUUCCGA